AAUAAAUAAUAUAUAAUUUAUUGUUUGUAUUUGUAAUGAAGAAAAAAAAGAAAAUAAAGUAAGGGAAAAAGAACUGAACCAACGAAGGUUUGUUGGCGCAGAUUGGUUUGCUCAACGAACGCUUCAUCGGCAUUAUUUCCCGGCUUCAAAGGUUCACGAUCUGAGGCCCCCCCACCUCCACCCCCACCCCGCCCCUUUCUCACAAUGAGCGCUUCAAGGUUCAUCAAGUGCGUCACCGUUGGAGAUGGAGCUGUUGGCAAAACUUGUCUCCUUAUCUCCUAUACCAGCAACACCUUCCCCACUGAUUAUGUGCCUACUGUUUUUGACAAUUUCAGUGCAAAUGUAGUUGUGAAUGGGAGCACUGUUAACCUAGGGUUGUGGGAUACAGCCGGACAGGAGGAUUAUAACCGGCUAAGGCCUUUGAGUUAUCGUGGGGCAGAUGUUUUUAUAUUGGCAUUCUCUCUCAUUAGCAAGGCCAGCUAUGAAAAUGUUUCUAAAAAGUGGAUUCCAGAGUUGAAGCAUUAUGCUCCUGGAGUGCCUAUUGUUCUGGUUGGAACUAAGCUUGAUCUUCGAGAUGAUAAGCAGUUCUUUAUUGAUCAUCCUGGCGCAGUUCCUAUUUCAACAGCUCAGGGAGAGGAGCUUAGAAAGCUGAUUGGAGCUCCAGCAUACAUCGAGUGCAGCUCAAAAACUCAGCAGAAUGUGAAGGGAGUUUUUGAUGCAGCAAUUAGGGUUGUACUUCAACCUCCAAAGCAGAAGAAAAAGAAGAGCAAAGCUCAGAAAGCAUGCUCGAUAUUAUGAGCGAAAUUCUAGUUGUGAAAACAUGACACCAUCCUUUGUCUGCCUGUAUUCUCUCAUCUUUUCUUUUCUCUUCUUUUUUUUCUUUUUCUAUCUUUCCUUUUGAUUCUGUAGUAGCCUAAAAGUCUGAUUUAUUUUUCUGUCCCGCAAUACUCGCAAUCUCUGUGAAGCAUCAACGGGUAGUUUGUUACUGCUUUCCUGGAAACGACGUGGUAUCGAAUUAAAAGACAAGAUGUUCCUGACCUUUAUUAGCCUUUGGUUUUAAUUAUGUACUAAUAGAGAUUUGGAUACGGGAAUGCGACAACAGUUAGGAAGAAGGCAAUGUGUUUGGAAAAGGGCAGUUGGAGUUUGUAUGAUGUGCUUGAAAAGUGUAUGUAUGGAGGGAAGAAGGGGAAGGGGAUUUGUAAUGCAAGUGUGUGCUUCAAAGAGAAACAUUGGUGGAUUCUUUUAUUUAUAAAUUUGCAUUCUGACUUUGACA